CAACAAUAGACAAUGGCCACGACACGUGACCUGGCGGCGAAGUAUGGCCCCACAAUUGGACAUUUGGUCCGUGUACGUACCCUUUCAUCGCGCUCUCGAGUUCGCGAUGAGAGCCGUGGACGCGCUGGAACCGACAUAUCACUGAAAAAAGCCGCCGCUGCAAGUCGCGACUCCAUUACCCCGUUAUCCAAGCAUGACAUGUUACAGAUGAAGAACUCAUAGCUGUCUCGCCCGCUUCUUCUCAUCUCAUCGUUCUGAUACCCUCUUGACUUGGUUUUUCUAUUUUAUUUUUUUAUUUUUCUUUCUUGGUUUGCGCAUUCGCUGGUCUCACACAGAAAGUCUCGUUCCAACUAUAUAUCCACAGAAGUUGGCCGGCGCAAGGGGACAGCGGAAACGCAUAGAAACUCCGGAAGCCUAGUACGAACUGAGCGUACCACACACACACAAACGCACCAAACAGAACACCAUGUCCUCACCCUCGGCAUUGUUCGACUUGAACCAAGGGCGUCGCGACCUGGCGUCCCUACCCGCCGACUGGCAACAAAACAUUAGAGAGGCUUGGGAAGUUGUUGACCAACAAGGCCUCGGCUCCCUCAACGCGCGCGAGUGGCCAUUUGCCCUCCGCGCCAUCGGCUUUGACCUUGCCCGCACGGAGACCUACGCCCUCCUCCUCGCGCACGGCGUCCCGCCGCACGACCACGACCCGUCCCGGGGUCCUUGCAGCCCGUCGCGCCUGCGCAUGCCGCAAGAGCACUUCUCGGCCAUCGCCGCGUGGCUGCUGGUGCGCCGCGACCCGCAGGAGGAGGCCGAGGACGCGUGGAAGAUGUUCGACCCGCGCGGCACGGGGCGCAUCACACUCGAUAGCCUCAGAGCUGUGUGUGCCGAGGUGAACAGCACCCUGAGCGAGGCGGACAUGAGGCGGAUGAUUGACAUGGCCGACAUCUCGGGUAAGGGGUGGGUUAGCAAGGAAGAGUUCAUCGAGGUCGCCAAGGGCGGGUUCGGACGCGGUUAAGCGUGGCAGCGGUGGAGGAGAAAGAGACCGGGGGGGCGGGGGAGGGCGACUUCAUCCAAAUUCAAGUUGGCAGACUCAAGAUUUACACUAGAGCGAGAAUGUCUUACUUUUUUUAUUCCUUUUUUUUUUGUCGCAACCAGACUCGAAGACCAUACCGUCCGUUUGUCUUUCACCGGUUUUCUUUAUUCUACCUAGGUUGUUACAGC